CACCAGCCCACCACCGCCUCCCUCCUCGUGCUCCUCCCGUUCGUCCCCAUCCAAAAAACACACUUAUUUUGCAGCAAGCACCCUUAAGAAUCGCUUCAGUACUGCAGUGACGCGCGGUGAAGAAACAGAGCAAGGAAGAGAUGUCUGUGCAGUGCGCGGCGCACGCGGUCCGGGCGCUCGCCGCGCUCCCGGCGCCGGCCUCCCCUCGCCGCCGGGCGACCUGUGUUUCCUUGUCCCUUCUGCCACGCCGGCCGGGGCGCGCAGUCGCGCCCGUACGCGCGGCGGAGCCGUCGUCACCUCCUGCCGCGGCGCCCGCUGCGCAGCCAUCCGGCGCCUCGACCGGCAAGGCUGUCAUCCCGGACGACGAAUUCUCCCUCGCCAAGGUGUCCUUCGGUGUGAUUGGGCUGGGAGUUGGGAUCUCGCUUCUGUCGUAUGGGUUCGGCUCGUAUUUCAAUCUGCUUCCCGGCUCGGAGUGGUCAGCCCUGCUGCUAACCUACGGGUUUCCUCUCACAAUCAUCGGCAUGGCCUUGAAGUAUGCAGAAUUGAAACCAGUGCCCUGCAUAACCUACGCUGAUGCUUUUGCUUUAAGAGAAAAGUGUGCCACCCCUAUUCUGAAGCAGGUCAGGAGUGAUGUAACUCGUUUUAGAUAUGGUGAUGAGCAGCAUCUGGAUGAAGCGCUACAGCGAAUCUUUCAAUAUGGUUUGGGUGGUGGCAUUCCUAGACGUAGUGCACCUAUAUUACAAAAAAUUCGAGAAGAAGUAACUGAGGAUGGGAAAUAUAGUUUAGUACUCGUAUUUGAAGCCAAAGCAUUGGAGCUGUCUGAUUUUGAGAAGAGACAGGCAAAAUUCACCUCCUUUUUUGGACCUGGGAUUAAGGCGGAAAUUGGAAAAGGUGGUGAUGAUCUAUAUGAAGUUCGUCUUAUCUCAGAGAGCACUUAGAAACGAACUUUGGGAAUUCCCUCAAAUGCAAAAGUAGAAUUAUUUCUUCUCUUUCUUUGAUCCACUGAUAUUUGCAUAUAUGAUGUUAAUAGUGUCAUAUUUUACCCUUCUUUUUUAUUUUUGGCUUCUCAGCUUUGAUAGCUAUUGGUUGUUGACUCUUGACUGCGACCUACCACUUUCAUACACUCCAUGGGCAUGUGCAAAGAAAAAGCUAUUGUAACAUAGAUGUAAAUGAACUUGAUUGGGAAUGCUGUCCAUAUAGUUGAAAGGUAUUUAGCCCCUUUCUUCAUGGAACUCUUCAGGAAGUUUCAA